AUGGUUUACGGCGAGCCGCUACGGAUUCCUGCAGAUUAUUUAGUACCAACCUUACUACCUGGAUCAGAGGGCCUCACACACUUGGUGCAGCAGUUAAAACAUCACUGCACAAAUAUACGUUGCCCGCCACCUUCUCGCCAUGGUAACCGUAAGGUGUUUGUACACAAAGACUUGUACAAUUGCUCUCACGUAAUGUUGCGAACAGACUCAGUCAAAUCGCCUUUACAACCACCAUAUACGGGCCCAUUUCAGGUGCUGAGUAGAAAUAAGCAUACUGUGGACAUAAUGUACAAUGGUGUUCCGACAAAGGUAUCAAUUGAAUGUGUCAAGCCAGCAUGGGUUUUACCCUCUCCGACCUCUGACACCACGCCUGUGCAUCAACACAUGAUGGACGCAGAGCAUACCAAAACACCGCUCAGUACAUCGUCUGAGACAGGUGAAUCACCACCACAAACAACGUCACCGCCCCCGAGAUACCCGACGCACACCACAGCUCCACGUUGA